AUUCUUUGCUUUGUUGUAAAAAAAAUAAAAAUCGCCCGAUGACGUUUAUGUCAGAUAUAUUCCACACAUAACCUUUAUGCAAGUGUUUACUUCUACCUGAACCAAUAUUACGUCGUUGAAUUAAUAUUAAUUGAAUAUUAAAUAAGAAAAAUGCAGCUAAUACCUAAUAACGAAUUAUAUUCCCCAAAUGUAAAUGAAAAUUGUAAUUCAGCUGCUUUUUCAAACAAAAUGAAAGCAAUGGUAGAUCAAUUGUCUAUUUUAGAAAAAGAAUAUAAUAGACGUAGAGAAGAUGUAUCUUCUGAUCUUAUGGAAGUAGAUGUUCAGCCAAGAGCAAUUUAUAAUUCACCACAAAUUCGAAAUAAUAGAAAAAGAAGUGCCGAGACACUUAAAUUUCGAGGAAAAAUAAGUAUUUUUAAGCGACCAGAAGGACCUGCUCCACGUUCUUCAAUUAACAGAACUAUACCAGACUAUCAUAAAAAUCCUCAUAAAUGGACUAAAUACACUUUGGACGAUGUAUCUAAUGAAGAUAUGACAGAUCAAAGUAAUACCCAUACUGCGUUAUCAUUUUUAAAAGAAUUAAGAGAACGUAAAAUGCAAGAAGCUAAAUUGGAUAAUAAAAUGGAUGUUGAUGAAACGGUAUCAAAUGAAAAUAAAAGUAAAAAAAUAACAUUUCAAUCGCAACAAGCUGGAUCGUCUACUUCUAUAAUAAAAUUUAAUAAACCAAAAAGUGAAUUAACAAAAUCAGAAAACACAACUGUGAUUGAAAAUUAUGAUGGAAAACAAUUAACAUAUAGAAAUAGCAAACUUAUUUUGCCAGAAUACGUAGUUGGACAAAAACCAAUGAAGAAAGCUAAAAAGAGUAGAAUUCCACAGAACAUUUGUCCUGCGACAAAAAUAAAGCUAGAUCAUUUGCAAGAAAUAGAUCAAGAGUAAUUGUUGAAAUAAUAUUAACUUAAUAAUAAGUUUAUAAAAUAUAUAUGUAUAUUCACAAAUCAAUAUAAAUUUAGUUUAGUUUAUUUAAAAUAUAUUUAACUUUGUAGUUAUGAAUAGGAGUUGGAUUAUAAUUUAAAAUAACAAAUUUAAUCUA